AUGGGGGAUAGUGUGGAGACAGCAUUCAUUGAUUUUUGUGGUUCUCUCAGUGGGGUGAUCAGGGACUUGACCCCCACGAAAGUACUUGGAAAACGCAACUUCCCUUGUUGGUUUUCAUUAGAGCUGAAGGCACUAGUCAUUUUGAAAAAGAAGCUGCACUUCAAGUUCAAAAAGUCAUUAAAAGACUCUGACUACUUGGAAUUUCGUAGUGUUCGUGCAAGGUGUAGGACUCUAUCCGCCUCCUGUUACAGGGACUAUUUACUUCGUAUUGAAAACUCCAUACCAAGCAAUGUGAAGGUCUUCUGGGGACACAUCAGGAAUAUGAAACGCAAGUCUUCAGCACUUUCCAACCUGUACCUUGACAACGUGACAGCGGACACCUCUAAAGGCAUAUGUGACUUGUUUGCUUCUUAUUUCUCUUCUGUAUACAGGCUCCCACAAACACUUCCAGUUCCUUUGGAGCUGGAAACCUCAUUCCAUCUGUCAGGUUUUCGCAUCUCAUGUGAAGAAGUGGAGGAGACAUUAGCUGGGCUGGAUGAAAGGAAGGGCGCGGGGCCAGAUGGGAUUCCCCCAGUAGUAUUGAAGUUUUGUAGUGGUAUCUUGGCUCCACAUGUCACCCAAUAUUUCAAUGCUCUUCUAACUCUGGGCAUUUUCCCUAAGAACCUGAAGUCGAGCUUUAUUGCACCUAUCCUGAAAAGUGGUGAUCCAGUAAAUGCCAAGAACUACAGACCUGUUGCAAUUCAGCCUGCCCUAGCCAAAGUUAUUGAGUCCUUGGUCUUACGUAGACUUUCAUUUGAAGCCAAGAACAUCAUCUCUCCAGCUCAACACGGUUUUUAUGAAGGGAAGGUCGGCAACAACCAAUCUCGUGACUUUGCAGAAUGA